AUGCCCUUAAUAGUGUCUCAGAAAACCAAUGGGUCGAAUGGCACAGUAGGAUGUUUGAACAUAAGCGUUGCAGGCGUAAAUUUCAUAUUGAUAGCAGAACCAUUUUUAUUGAAAUUUUACAGCAUUGAUGCAUCCAACAAUGAAUUCAAGGUUGUACGAUGCUUCGAAGCUUCUUACAGGAUAUUGACACUAGAAAAAAUAAAGCCAUAUGUUCAAGAUUGUGAUUGGAUCUUGUUAAUAAAUGAAGUUGAUCAACUAAUCACUAUAUGUCCCAGGCUUAGUGAGAGUCAUUUACUGGAGUUGGUAGUAAUUGAAAACUUUUCAAUUAUUGACCACUUACGUGUGCGUAAACCUAUUGAUGACGAAGAUGCGACGGUCAAUUUUGAGAUGGUUAAACCACUUAUUGAGGUUGACAAACAGCAGAGGUUUAUCGGCCUUCAUAUUUGUAAGGGAUUCGUGAUUAUCUUAACAUUAAAUCCUAGAAAAAAGCAUAUAUUUGAGAUGUCAUCACAUACGAUUAUCCCGGCGCAGGUAAAAAGAAAUCAUAGUGUUUCCACGUUGGAGGCAUUCAGGAUUUUUGAAACGCCUUUUGUUCUUCCCAUUGGUUCGGCUCAGGUUAGAUAUAUUAAGUUCAUUCACUCUAACCUUCCUGAGAAAGACAGAACAUUGCUUGCUGUAAUUCAACUUGACACUAAUCUGCAUUAUAUAAUUUCUUGGUUUUGUGUUGAAAUGGAUGCACUUUUGUUUGCCCAGCGAAUUGGCAAGAAUUAUACUCUAAAGGACUACCCUUAUUGUAUACAACCUGUGACGGAUGGCCUAUUAAAAAGUAUUAUCAUUGCUAAAGGUGACUGCACCUUUUCUGAACUUCGCUAUGAGGGUCGUACAUUAGAAUUAGAAAAUAAGACAAUUAAAGAUGUUGCAUUAAUUGAUAGUACUACACUGGGACUACUUUUUGUUAUUCUAACAGAAUCGUAUAUAACCGGAGAAGUAACGUCCACAAAUCAAACAAAUAUUCAUGAUCAGUUAUUAAUUUGUGAUUCUAACUUGCAACAACUUUCAUCCUAUGAUUUUGACGAAUCGUCCAAUUGCUGCAGUAUAUUAUCUUUAGAUAAAUUUUGUUACACUGUGGAGAGAAACUUUGAAACUAUUCAUGAUUCAUGUAUUAAAUUGGAUCGGCAAAUGAAUAGCUCAUUUCUUACGAUUUGUAACGUUAUUGACGAAAUAGGUUUGAAGAAGUCAGAAAUUACAAUAUUCACAAUUUUGGAAAAUGGUGGGUUAAAAAGACAGACUUCUUCAUGGGUGAAUCGGGACAUUAAUUCUUCAUUAAUAUUAAAUAAUCAAAAAUGCAUUCUUUUAGGUCCUGAAACUAUAUUAUGGUUGGUUAUAUCACCCUGCAGAAAUUCAAAUAAUCACAGCGAUUAUACUCUAAAAAUAAGGUUGAGAAAUGGUGAUGUACACAAUUUUCCAUGUUCAUAUAUUACUCAUCUGGAGAAAUUAUCGGCAGAUGGUAAGGAAAUAUUUGUUGCAGACUCGUUUGAUGGUCUAUAUUACCUUCAGUUUGAGGCAUCGCGUGAUGCUGUCAAGAGGAUAAUUCAUCUCGUGCCACAUAUAAUGAUAACUGAUUUCACUAAAAUAGGAAUUGAUAGCAUUGCGGUGUGUGAUGUGUUCGGAAACUUUUAUCUUUUUCAAUUCGAGGAUGGACCAAGAUUGUCUCUUAUAUUCCAAUUUAAUCUCGUGACUUGUGCGAUAGGAGUGAUCGAUUCAAAAUUAAAAAAUUCCGGUGAAACCUUGGAGUCCAUGUUGAAAAAUGGAACAAGAUUGCCACUUUGUACAGUUGGUGCAAUUGACGGUACGAUGAUUGAAAUUUUCUGUUGCUCCGAAGAUAGUCUAAUUAUCAGAGGUAUAUUACAGAUUCAAACAGAUUUGAACAAGAAAUAUUAUUUUACACUUGAUACUAGAGAUAACCAUUUAGGUACUGCAGAAUCACUUGAUGCAAAAUUUGCAAGGUCGAGGUAUAUUAGACUUCCAUAUAACAUCGACCAACCUCAUACUGACAAUUCCCUACAGAGUACAAUCGAGCCGAUUAAUGUUAUUGAUGCCCGAUACAUUAAGAAAAAAAUUCAAUUGUAUAAUCCUGGGGAGAAAUUCCAAUUUUAUAAGCUUUGGUCAGUAUUAGAUGUUUGA